AUGCCUUCAUUUUGCUCCCUCUCUUUCUCCUCGGACUACAGCUCCUCCUGCGGCUCUCUCGAGCCGUCCACUCCCCCUCUUAAAGCUAUCCCCGGUCCGUUUUGGGCCAGGUUUACCUCCUUAUGGUAUUUCAACCGGGUUCGCAAGGGGCGCUUUGAAUAUGAAAAUAUUGAUCUCCAUCGUCAAUAUGGCCCGAUUGUUCGCGUCGCUCCGAACCAAUACAGUAUCAACGACGUAUCUGCCAUAAAGAUUGUCUAUGGAGCUGGCACUCAGUUCGCAAAGUCGGCUUGGUACGACGGUUGGAAGAAUCCUGCCCAGUGGACCGUGUUUUCGGACCGCGACAUCAAGAGACACGCCGAUACUCGAAAACGAUUCACGAGCCUGUACUCGAUGAGCUCGCUAGUGCACUACGAACCGUUUGUCGACCACUGUGCCGAUCUUUUCAUUCAGCGUUUGACCGAGUUUGCGGAUCAAAAUCAGACCUUUAAUCUCGGGCACUGGUUCCAGUGCUAUGCUUUCGAUGUUAUAGGGAAUAUCACCUUUGGCGACCGCUUUGGAUUCCUGGAUCGAGGUGAUGACAUUGAUGGAGCUAUCGCGGCUGUGCAUAAAGUAAUGAUGUACAGCACGCUAGUCGGUAUCUAUCCAGAAUGGCACCCACGUCUUUUCGGCCUGCUCGGCAAAUUGAAGUCGUCGGGUGCAGCUGGCAGAGCGUACAUCACGAAAUUUGUGCAAGAGAAGAUUCGUCUCGAGGAAAAGAAAAGAUCAGAUGCGAAGGUUGUCGUUGCAGAGAAAGGUCAAAUGCAGAACUUUUUGGAAAAGAUGAUGUUAGCCCGCGACAAGGAUCCCGAGAAGGUGACCGACUACCAUCUCUUAAUCAUGGGCCAGUCGAAUGUGACAGCAGGAUCUGAUACAACUGCAAUCAGCCUAUCGAGUAUCAUGUGGUAUUUACUCCAGAAUCCCGAGACCCUGUGCAAGCUACGGGCAGAGAUCGAUGAGUUUACCGCUCAAGGCCGCUGCAGUGCCAAUGUGACUUUCAAAGAGAGCCAGGAUAUGCCCUACUUCCAGGCCGUGAUGAAAGAGGCUCUACGGAUGCACAGUGCCACUGGUCUGCCUAUGUGGAGAGUCGUUCCCGCGGGAGGAGCACAAAUCAGUGGAGAGUUCUUCCCCGCAGGAACAAUAGUCGGCGCCAACACUUGGGUUGCGCACUAUGACGAACGCAUCUUUCCCAAUGCAAAUGUCUUUAAGCCCGAGAGAUGGAUCGAGGCUGAAAACCAUCCAGAGCAGCUCAAAGAAAUGAAUCAGAUGUAUAUGCCGUUCGGUCUUGGUUCCAGAACAUGUUUGGGGAAACACAUUUCAAUUCUUGAGAUGUCCAAGUUGAUUCCGCGGUUAGUGCGUGACUUCAACUUCACACCGCUGAGAAAAACAUGGCAGACGGCAAACUAUUGGUUUGUCAAGCCAACCGACUUUGAAGUCCAGGUUAAAGAGCGCCAGAACAAAGCUUGA